AUGGGUAAGGAAAAGACUCACAUUAACAUCGUUGUCAUCGGUCACGUAGAUGCCGGUAAGUCCACCACCACUGGUCAUUUGAUCUACAAGUGCGGUGGUAUCGACAAGCGUGUCAUUGAGAAGUACGAAAAGGAGGCUGCCGAAAUGGGUAAGCAAUCCUUCAAGUACGCCUGGGUCAUGGACAAGCUCAAGGCUGAACGUGAACGUGGUAUCACCAUCGAUAUUGCUCUCUGGAAGUUCGAAACCCCAAAGUACUACUUCACCAUCAUUGAUGCCCCAGGACAUCGUGAUUUCAUCAAGAACAUGAUUACCGGUACCUCCCAAGCCGAUUGUGCCGUCCUCGUCAUUGCCUCCCCAACUGGUGAGUUCGAAGCUGGUAUUGCCAAGAACGGUCAAACCCGUGAACACGCUCUCCUCGCCUUCACCCUUGGUGUCCGUCAAAUGAUCGUCGCCAUCAACAAGAUGGACGAAAAGUCAACCAACUACUCCCAAGCCCGUUACGACGAAAUCGUCAAGGAAACCUCCUCUUUCAUCAAGAAGAUCGGUUACAACCCAGAAAAGGUCUCCUUCAUCCCAAUCUCUGGUUGGAAUGGUGACAACAUGUUGGAACGUUCCCCACACAUGGCCUGGUACAAGGGUCCAACUCUCCUCGAAGCCCUCGACGCCAUCGUCGAACCAAAGCGUCCGGUUGACAAGCCACUCCGUAUCCCACUCCAAGAUGUCUACAAGAUCGGUGGUAUCGGAACAGUUCCAGUCGGUCGUGUCGAAACUGGUAUCCUCAAGCCAGGUAUGAACGUCACCUUCUCCCCAGCCAAUCAAACCACUGAAGUCAAGUCUGUUGAAAUGCAUCACGAACAACUCACCCAAGCCCAACCAGGUGACAACGUCGGUUUCAACGUCAAGAAUCUCUCCGUAAAGGAUAUCCGUCGUGGUAUGGUUGCUGGUGACGCCAAGAACGACCCACCACAAGAAUCUGAAAAGUUCACUGCUCAAGUUAUCAUUCUCAACCAUCCAGGUCAAAUCCAUGCCGGUUACGCUCCAGUCUUGGAUUGUCACACUGCUCACAUUGCCUGCAAGUUCACCACCAUCAUCGACAAGGUCGAUCGUCGUACUGGUGCCGUCGUCCCACGUGAAGGUACCGCUGAAAUCGUUCUCAAGAACGGUGACUCUGCUAUGGUCGAACUCACCCCAUCCAAGCCAAUGUGUGUUGAGUCAUUCACUGAAUACCCACCACUCGGUCGUUUCGCCGUCCGUGAUAUGCGUCAAACCGUCGCUGUCGGUGUCAUCAAGUCCGUCACCAAGAAGGAUCCAAAGGCCAAGACCCCAGCUGCUGGUAAGGCCGCCGCCAAGAAGAAGUAA